GCGCUAUUUGUCAUGGAAGUUGAUUAUUCGACACACGAUAAUUGUGUUCUUCUACUGUUAUCACUUUGAUAAUAAUAUUACUCUUCUGAUUUCACAUAAACCAGAACUUUGUUUGCAUAUAAAUGUAUUUCAAUGUUUCACAUUUAAGGAUAUUAUACUCGUACAACUGCAGCUUCUGCAAAAAACAGAAUCAACAGAAUGAAGAAAAUAUUACUGUUUUUUAGCCUUAUCUCAAGUGUAAUUGCCCGAUGUCAAUGGUCUGGAAUACCGAAAAAAAGAAUUUAUAAUGAAGUAAUAAUCACCUGUAUUGGCAUUACUUCUGAAAACAUUAAUGAAGAAGUUUCAAGUGACUCAUCAACACCAACAAGUCAUAGCUACAGAUAUGUUUUUAAAAAUAGUUCCAUCAAAAAUUUUCCAAUGAAUGUUUUUGCUUCAAACAAAAAAGGAAAUGUGCUUUACCUUGAACUAGAUAACAACAAAAUAGAAACAAUUCAAACUGGAGCGUUUUCUGGAUUACUGCAAGUAAGAGAAAUUUAUUUACAAUUUAAUUCUCUCACUGUUAUUUCCCGAGGAUGUUUCAAUUCCCUUCUGCAACUAAAAUUCUUAGAUUUGAGCAAUAAUGAUAUAUAUUUAAUAGAAGAUGAAGCUUUCAAUGGAAGUAAUGAAUUACAAAAAAUUUUGCUUUACAAUAAUAACAUCACACAUGUACCUCAAAAUAUUUUCCAUUCUCUACAAAACUUGAAGUUUAUAGAUUUGUCUUAUAAUAAUAUUAAGUUUCUUGAUCUCACUUUCUCAAAUUUUGUAGUACACAAAACAAUUUUUUUAAACAAUAACAAAAUUUACAGCAUAAAUUGUGAUUCUAUACACUUGAGUUUUUUGGAUGUAAUCGAAUUAAAAAAUAAUUUUUUGACUGAAGCUAAUGGUUCUUGUUUUCCACUCAUUGCUGAAGAAUUAAAUUUCAAAAAUAAUCACCUAACUAAAAUUUCCAAUAUAUCAGCACUUGAAAAUCUAAAAAAAAUCGACCUAAGUCAAAAUUACAUAUCAAAUAUCAAUACAAACGAAUUUAAAAGUCUUAGGAAAUUAGAAAACUUGUAUCUUGAGAAUAAUAACAUUACAAAACUGCCUCCCGGAGUAUUUAAAAAUUUAAAUUCUCUUCGUGUGUUAAACCUAGCAGAAAAUUCUUUGAAAUAUCUCGAAUUUGGAGUAUUUAAAGGGUUAGAAACUUUACACACAUUAGAUCUCAGUUAUAAUCAAUUGUAUUUUCUAGAGGAAGAUGUCUUUAUCAACAUGAAAUAUUUAAAAGUUCUCAAUGUUAGUUACAAUAACUUGCAAUAUAUAAAUUUGGUAAAACUUGCAAGUUACACCGAUUUGGAACAAAUUCACCUAAUUGGAAACAAUAUUUCAUGUCAAAGACUUUCAUCCAUGUUUUCAUACAAACUCAAAAUGAAAAUGGGCGAAAGUACCUAUCAUAAUGUAUCAAAUGUGAAUGGAGUACCGUGUACUAACUUCAACUUGUUUUUCAGUGAAAACAAAACCAAAUAUAACAAUGUUUUACAAGGUAUGCAAUCGUUUUUUGAUACUGAUUUUAGAAACACGUCGUUUUUCAAAUUCUUUUCUAAAGAUUUUGAACUGCUAAACCAAAAUAAUCAGCCAGAUACAGAUAUAGACGUCAAGAAAUUGAAUCACGAUUUUGAACAACUGUUAGCGUCAAUUGCCAAAACUAAUAUUAUUUUUAUUGUUUUCACCUUAAUUGUUAUUGUGAUGUGUGUAUUGCUUGCAGUACUAGUCGUCCUAAUCAAAAAUCACAUAAAACAUCAACCUUUUUCACUAAGAGAACCUGAAUUACACUUACUGUAAAUUUUUGUUGUUCUUUUUUCAAAACUGUAAACCUAACCACUUUCAACGAAUUCACAAAGUUAGGAAGAGCUUUCAACAGUGUUGAAAAAACUCCUUGCAUUUGUUGUUUUCGCAUUAAUUCUAAGAAAAAUAGGAUUUUUGUUAUGGCAAAAUAAAAUAUUAAGUCCUUAUUUUUUUUCAUUUCUUAAUUUUUAAAAAAGUAUCAAAAAUAACACUGAUACUAACUAUAGUUUUGUAGAUGUCUAUGACUCUUUUAAGUGUACCUACACCUUACAUGACUUUAGGUUUAUUUCUUAAGCUUAUUUGUAUAUUCUAUUUUGUAUUUAUAAUUAUAUCUUUUAUAUUUUUUCAAUAAAAUAUUCCAAAGU